CUUGCGUCAGCCGUGGUCCUCGAAGUGUUUAAACGUCAGAACCGAGCGGGAGAGAGCUUGUGGGACAGACAGCGCUGUUCUGGAAACAACUAGUUAUACGCAGAAAUUUCGAUUUUGUGUCCUGAUGGCGACGGAUGCUGUUGCACAGUUGGCCGACUCUCUGGCAAAAACCCAGGUGACUGAGGGAGAGUUGAGUUAUAAAGGCCAAGGACGUAAAUUCGACAAUGCACAAUCUGUGGAAGAGAUGGUGAAAGAGAUCCAGGAGUUCAAGGGGUUACAAGCGCUCAGGCUGGAGGGGAACACUUAUGGGGUGGAGGCAGCACAGGCCAUCGCUAAAGCCCUGGAGACAAAGAGGGAAUUUAAGUACUGUUACUGGAGUGACAUGUUUACUGGGCGACUGCGUUCUGAGAUCCCUCCAGCCCUGAACUCCCUGGGUGCAGCCCUGAUGACAGCAGGCGCCAGACUGACCGUGCUGGACCUCAGUGACAACGCCUUUGGACCAGAUGGGGUGAAGGGCAUCGAGAAGUUGCUCAAGAGCACUGCCUGUCACACACUGCAGGAACUGAGGCUCAACAACUGCGGCAUGGGCAUUGGUGGCGGCAAGAUCUUAGCUGCAGCGUUGACGGAGUGCCAUAAGCAGUCCAGUGCACAGGGCACCCCCCUCGGGCUGAAGGUGUUCAUCGCAGGCAGAAACCGUCUGGAGAACGAUGGGGCCACUGCCCUUGCCCAGGCCUUCCAGCUGAUGGGUAGUCUGGAGGAGGUGCACGUGCCCCAGAAUGGGAUCAACCACCCUGGGGUGACUGCUCUGGCCACUGCCAUGCAACACAACCCCCAGCUCCGGGUCCUCAACCUCAACGACAACACCUUCACCAAGAAAGGAGCUAUCGCCAUGGCACAGGCUCUGAAACAUUUGCGCAGUGUCCAGGUGAUAAACUUUGGAGACUGCCUGGUGCGUUCCGAGGGGGCUAUAGCCAUCGCAGAGGCAGUCACCGAGGGGCUUCCCAUCCUCAAGGAGCUGAAUCUGUCAUUCGGGGAGAUCACAGGAGAAGCUGCACUGCUGGUGGCACAAUCAGUCGAGGGCAAAGCCACACUGGAGAAACUGGACCUAAAUGGUAACUGCCUGGGGGAGGAGGGCUGUGAUGCUCUCAGAGAGGUAAUGGAUGGCCUGAACAUGGGAGACCUGCUGGGAUCACUCAGCGACGAUGAAGGGGAGCCGGAGGAAGAAGAAGAGGAUGAUGAUGAUGAAGAAGAGGAGGAUGAUGAUGAUGAAGAAGAGGAGGAUGACUAUGAGGAGGAGGAUGAUGAUGUGGAGGAAGAAGAGGACAGCAGUGUGAAUCAGGUUUCCUCCCCUCCGUCAGUGCCCCGACCCCCAGAUGCUGCCUCCUUCCUCUGCUUCCCCUCCCCCGACAAGCUGCUCAAACUGGGCACCAAGAGGGCCCUGCUCUUUGAACAGCAGGUAGAUAUGGCUGAUGCUGGUAAGACAGCGGAGGCUUUCCUGAAAAUCUCCUCUGUGUACAAUGAGGAAGAUGAAGAGGUUAAGAGUGCUGUCCUAGACAGUAUUGAUGCAAUUCUCAGGAAAGCCUUCGCAAGCCCCUCCUUCCAAGGUUACAACUUUGUAUCAUCGCUGUUAGUAAUGCUGGGACUCCUCAAGAGUGAGGACAAGGUGAAGCCGGUACAUGUGGUGCCUGGUCAUUUGCAGGCACUGGAGUACGUCGUGCGUCAGGACUACUUCCCCCAGGACCACAUCGCUGUGCUGGAGGCCUUCAUGUCCCGACACGUCCAGGCCCUGGAGUCGUGCAGCAGCGCCAGGAACAUCCUCAAGUCCACGCUGGAGCAUGUCAGGCCUGAGAACUGAGUCACACCGGGCCGCACAGACACACUCACGGAUUUAUGAACAGAACAAUUCCCACCCCCAGACAUAAGGGGGCCCUUAGCGCACACAACAAGGACUUAACUGUUGCACUGCACUCUAUUUCGCCAACUCAGAAGACUCACAGCUGGAGCCUUGCCCAUCAUCUUAUGGGCGUACAUUAUUUUAUGGAUGGACCGAUUUGAAAUAUUGCAGACAAACAUUUGGGAGAUGAAUGGUGUAUCCUGCCUCACCUGCAGUGAAAGGACUGAAAUGUGAUCUUAAACACAGGUUCUCUCCAUAUUUACCCAUUAAGUAAUGGUUUUAUAUUAAAUAUAAAGGGUUAAAUGGAUAUAAAAUAUAAAUGUGUGAUAUGGGCUGCUGUGGAAAUGUGAUUUUGAUUUGAAUCAAAAGGGAAGAACUGAAUAAAUUGUUGAUUUCUUUGUUGCAGCUAUUAAACAGACACUAUUUGGGUGUCUGUAUACUAAAUGGCCUGGGAACAUUUCAAUUUCACAAUUUAGCAAGCACUACCCUGAAUAAGGAUCUAGUCCAACCAUGUUUACUUUUUACAGUGGGAAGAAACUAUUGAUCCAGGUGUAGGUUCUUUCUCCUCCCAAAUUCUGAAACCUACACUGAAUAAAAAUAUAAAUGCAACAUGCAACAAUUUCAAAAGAUUUUUCUUAGUUACAGUUGUUAAAAGGAAAUCAGUCAAUUGAAAUAAAUUCAUUAGGCCUUAAUCUAUGGAUUUCACAUGACUGGGCAGGGGUGCAGCCAUGGGUGGGCCUGGGAGGGCAUAGGCAGACCCACUUGGGAGCCAGGCACUGCCAAUCAGAAUGAGUUUUUCUGCACAAUAGGGCUUUAUUACAGACAGAAAUACUCCUCAGCACCCCCCGCCCUUUCUGACGAUCCCGCAGGCGAAGAAGCCGGAUGAUGUCCUGGGCUGGCGUUGUUGAACUCGCUGUCAAUUUAUAGAGUAAUUUAUGUACUUAGGAAUAACCCUGGCAGGUUUGGCGUUAAAAUCAUGUUCUAAUUUUCUUUUAUGUAGGACACGCGCACUGGUUGAAUCAAUGUUGUCUAACCAACUUGGAAUAUACUUUGAGUUGACGUCUAUGUCAGUGGGACAGUUGGCUACCUUCGACCUCUAAUCUGUCAAAUGUAUUGCCAAAGUGUUCAUUUGAGGUUAGGUUUCGCAGGGGCUGAGAGACACGACGAAAGAAUUUAUCAAAGCAGUGUGUGUGAGACCCCUCACUGUUGCAAGUGUUCAGUCAUUCUAGCAAUGCAGAAGUCUAUAUUUAUCAAAUAGAAAAUGUUAUGGAAUGCUGCUGAAUAACAACCAGAUACGUAUUUUUAGAUUCAAUAACUAAACUUUUAAGUCUUAAAAUAUGCGUUAAAUAAAUACUUACAAUCCUCCUGGCA